AGCAUUUCAAUAAUUAGAAAAUGCUCUCUUAAAUUAAUAUUCAAAUAAGGUUAAUGUAAUAGGUUAACCUUAUCCAAUAGGACCUUAAAAGUAAAUGUUGGUCAAUUUACUAACCUUUAUACAAUAUGGGUCUUUAAUAAUCUUAGUGGUUUUCGAUUCAAUUUUAUAAAAUAAAAUUUCAUUAUGGUAAUAAUACAUUAGUCCACAUAAAAUGAGAGUAGGUUUUAUAAUAUUUUUUGGAUUUAAUUUUAUUGUUUAAAAUUUGCAAUCAACAGGAGCUUUUGAAAUCACAAUUAAUGGAUAACUUGUACAUUCUAAAUUAGUAUCAGGUUAAAUGCCAACUAUUAAAAACAUUUAGGACUUUAUUGGUUCUUAAAAAUGAUAAACUAUAAUAAUGCAUAAUUAGAAAUGAG